AUGGAAGUCGAUUUGACGAUCGUUGAAUCCGCGGGACAAAAUAAUAAUAAUAAUAAUAAUACGUCGGAAAUAUUAGUUAGAAGAUAUUUAAAUUCUAGUACGAAUGGAACGCCGGUUUCGAAAAUUUUUAAAUUAACCGCCAACGGACAGGAAGAAGUCGAUGAACCUUCGUUCAUUUUAAAAUCCGAUACUGUUAAAGUUCAAUCGGAUUCUAAUGGGGAUAACGUAAACGUACUUAACAGAGUAAAAAAAUUAGAAUUAAAGGAUGGCGAAGAAAAAUCGACGGAAGUUCCGGUUGGAAAAUUGACGGGUACUAAAGUUCCUCAAAGUUUUAAAAACGUAGAAAGCGGUAGGGAAAAUGUCAAAAGUAGAUUAUUUUCCGAUGAUGAUAAUGAUGAUUUUACAGGAUAUGUCGAUGAUGAUAAACGUCGACAUUAUUCGGUGAAAAGAUCAGACGAUGAAUAUUUUAAUGACGAAUCCGUGGGUAUGCCGAAUAAAAAAUCAUCGACCGCUCCUCAGUCGGGAAAAGAAGAAGAUAGUUUUUUUAGCAUAUUUGAAAGUUUGUUCGGAAGUACCGAUGAAGAUUCUCAAAUAAAAAGAAAAACAAUAUCCGAAGAUGAAGAACCCAUUUUUAAAGAUGCCGACGAUUUAAAUUUAAAAGAAAAUAUAAAAACCGUUGGGGAUUUAUUAAAACCUAUAAAACCAGCUGAAGAACCCGAACCGAAAACUAAAAAUACAUUUCUCGUACAACAAAAUGAUGAUGAUGAUGAUGACGUACCGGAAUUUCGUAUCGUUAAUAAUUUUCACAACAGUCAAUCCAACAGACACGGGUAUAAACCCAACAGCAACAGCAACAACGAGGGUAAACCGAUUUAUCACAGUUCGUAUAGACCCAUGACGGAAAAACCCUAUCAAUCGUACAAACCUCGCCCAACUAGCGGAUACGAAGAUUACGAUUUAGAAGAAUUUCUUGAUAAAAAAGUUAUCACACCUCCACGUGAAAUAUAUUCUCCGCCCCCUCCUCCUCCUCCUCCUCUUCCGGUCACACCUAUACGUAACACAUUACGUCCUGUCAUCUCAACAGCAACGACCACCACCACCACUACCACUACUACCUUUAAAACUUCUCCUAAACCUACAUACGAACAAAAGUUAAAAUUUCCAAGCAUACAAAAGAAAAAUGAUUAUUUUAAUAGGAAUCCAUAUGAUAAAACAACCGAAAAACGAUUCGAAACGGAAAGACCGUCGACAAAUUAUUUCAAACAACCGGAAACAAAACCAACAACAACUUAUUUCAAACAACCGGAAACAAAACCGACAACUCAAAAAUCCUACACGGUGAAUUCGCAUCAAAAUUUUAUCGAAACGAAAGUGAACGAAGUCAAACCGCCAAAUGUACACGAUAAUCCAAACAUUUAUAAACUUCUUAACUUGCCCGUUAAGUACAGUAAUAAAGACACGGCUAUACCGUUAAUAUCCUCUUCCUACGCAAAUACUAAAAUUCAAGGAAUGGGAGCAUAUAAAUACGAAAAAGGUAGCAAUGGAAAAUACCCAAAUCACAAAUACGAUACAAGUGGUGGUGGUGGUGGUGGUAGUAGUGAGAGCACAACGAAAACGCCAAAUUAUUGGGCAACGAAACAAACGGAAAGUACGAUUAAAUAUAAUGCGGAAGGAACCGUGACGAACAAACCGUAUUCAGCAUCUAUAAAAAAUUCCGGAAAUUAUGUAUUAACAACCAGCGAUUUAGAUGGAAUUAAUUUUAACGGUAUGCCUUUAGGUUUAGGACCUGCAUUAGGAAGUUACGGUUCGAAGAAAAAAGUUGAUGAAAAACCACAUAUUCAAACCGUUUCACCCGCAGCAACCUCGACUGUGACCUAUAAAGAUACGGCGAUACAAAAAAUUCAAAGUAGUAGCACGGUUAAAAAGCCAACGACUACAACAACAACGACAACAGAGAAAAAACAAAUCGUUACAGCGAAACCAACGGAAAAAGUUUACGAAAAAAAUGAAGCAGAAGAUUACGACUACGAUAUGUUUCCGGCAAAAGUAGAAGAAUUAAGACCACCCGGUCAAAAAUAUUCACCGCCUGUUAACUACCCACAGGAAAACUUUAACAAAUAUGAAUCGGAAUAUAAAGAACCGAUAGCUACGGGAAGUGAGCAAGAAUAUGAAUAUUACGAUUACGAUGUUGACAUUUCGACGACACCUCCUUCUUUGACGACAGUGAAAAGUACGACGCCGACGACGACGACGACAACGACUACGACAACUCCAUCACCUAAACUAAAAUUAAAAUAUCCAAAUUUGCCCAAAGAUAUUAUUAAAUCACGUCCUACAAACGAAAAGGUAGCUGUCGUUGUUCCAUCGAAAAAUCAUAAUUUUUACACGGUUAAUUACACGGACAAUAACAAACAAUCGACCGUUUCUGAUUCCACUUCAAAAAAAGAUUAUGAUGCUCCGUCAGUGACGAUGACGAUAAGAACUACAACAACAACGCCAAAACCUACAACUCAAACAAAACCGACGGAUGCUACAACUUCUUCGACUACUACGACAACAUCGAAACCUGCAGAAUCGGAUUUUGUUACAAACGUUAAACAAUCAACCAUUGAAUUUUAUAGGCCGAAUGUUGUUUCUGCCAAAGAACCGGCUCCGGUUUUCGAAAAAUCCCCACAGAAUGAUUUUACGACAAAAUAUUUUUCUGCUUUCACUACGAAUAAACAACCGACGGUUGAAUCGACAGUGGUACCUAUUACGGUACCAUCUAAAAUACAAGAUUCGGAAGAGCAACAGAGUAAUGUUAAUGUUGUGUUGGUACCUACAAAAGAUACAAAUAAGAACAAGGAAAGAGUCGAAGAAAAAUUUCCACAAUCCACCGUACCUCCCAGACCCGUACGUCCUACCAUUUCGAAAAUUCCAGAACCUAUUCAUUCUAACUAUCCUGGAUACACGACUGAAUUCACAGUAGGAGCCGUUCACGGACACGUAGGAAACACUCAAAUUCAAAAUUUUGGAGGAGGCGCUCCUCUACAUCAAGGUGUUUACGUAGCUUCGUCACUUCCAGCGAGUCCUUAUGAUGAUGAUGAACCUUUUAGACCGAUUCCAAAACCGUCAGGAAUGACAGCAAGUUUUCAAGUGGUUCACGAAGACAUUCCAAGACCACCAGAAAGUAAACCAUUGCCUAACAAAAGACCAUUACCAGCAAUUCUUUCUUCUCAAAACGUUGAUCAUCACGAACCGCACGAUUUCAUUCCGAGUCCUCAAUUUCAUCAUCCAGGAGAAUCGUCGGCUGGAGUUGGCAUACGACCCGGAGAUGUAGACUACGAUUUCGAAGGAAUUCAAACAGAACCGAAACCGGGACAAUACGUAAUAUUUUCAAAACCUCAACUAAAUCCAGAAUUAAAAGAAAAUCAAUUGAAGAAAAAACCGGAAUUGAAUAACAUAAAAGAAAUUGUUUCAAACGUUCCUCAUUACCAGGACAAGGGAACCAGGUUUCCUCAAGAACCUCAAAAACAUGUUAUAUUCAAUCCGAAAGAAGGACAAUUUUAUCAAAACGGUCCGGUACUAAAGGCUCCUGUAUUUUCGAAUAAACAAGAAUUGGGAAGGCCGAUAUAUGGUACUUUACCGGAUAAACCCGAUGAUGAAUUACCGCUUGAGUUAGUGCCACCGAAAGAUACGCAAACAGAAAAAACAUUUGAAGGUAAUUUCGUAGCACCAGAAGCAGAAAACAAAGAAAGUACAAUCAAUUACCCGAGACCGCAUUGGGAAAAGAAUGGAAAACCAUCAUUUUUACUUAAUACGUCACCGAACAAAAAUGAUUUAAAUCGAUUACCGCCACCGCCGCCGCCGCCACAAAUUGCACCGACUUUAAUACCGCCUAGCAGUCCUCCGCAACGAUAUAGAAGACCGAUUCCUCCCAUGAUGGCACCGAUUCGUAAAAAUUUUAACGAAGCCUCAACCAACAUUAAGCCAAAGCCAAACUUGCCAAAUAUUUUGCCACAAUUUAGACCGAAUACAAAAAUCGGUAGCGGUCCUUACCACAGACCACCACCCGGAUUUAUACCCAAUAGAAGAAAUGGAGUCAAUCGGUAUCACGAUAAAGAACACGGAAAUUUUCCAUAUCACAUUCAAUACCCGGAUAAGGAGGGGCCACCGCAUAGAGAUUAUGAAAUGGGAGGACAGGAAAUCGUACCGAAAUUCAUAACGAACAGAGGAAAACUUCCUUCUGAAUUAUGGACGAAUCACGGAGUUCAAAAAAGAUUCGGUCAAACUCCGCAAAAUUUCCACGGGAAAUUUGAAUUUUCUCAUAAUCCACCACAAGGACCAAAAGUAUUACGAAGACUUCAAAGAACUCCGGUUACGACACUACAAAUGCUCAAACACACACCGGGAGUGAAAACGCAAAAAACUCAAGUUACCAGAGAAGAAGAUGACAACAACUACUACGACCAUUCCUCAUCAUCUUUUCUACCACCAUUUUACAACACGUAUAACGAACAGAAAAAAGAUGAAGAAAAUAUUUACAUUGUUUAUCCGGCGAAACCUCCCCAAAAAAUAAUUCCGGAUAAUUCAAAAAUAUUCAUAGUUGAAGAUUCGAAAAAAAAUCAAGAAAAAUUUUUUAAUUUUACCAAAGUCGAAGAACAAAAACCAUUAUUAAAUCCAAUGAAAAAAGGAAAUGAUGAAAUCUCUCAACCGUCGGACCGUGAAAAAACAAAAGAAAGUGAAGUAAAAGUUAAAACCGUUUCAAAUGAUAAAGCAGAAGAAGAAAUGGAAACCGAAUCGGAAAUCCUUGUUGACAAAUCACACAAAGUCAACGAAAGAAUUGACAUGAAUUUACAUUUGCAAAGUAACAAUCAAUGGAACGAAUUGAGGUCGCCAACAAACUCUCACAAAAAUCAUUAUAGAUAUUCAUCAAAUGAGGAAUCGAAUAAGAAAACCGAAGAAAACGAAAGCGUGCAAUUGAAUCCACCUAGCGAAUAUUCAACAUCGAUAGCAGACGAUAAAGAUUCAGCAUUCACAUUGGGUGCAGUCAUGCAUACGAUGUCAGAUGGGGGUCAAAGAAAAGGUCAAGUUUCAAACGUGCCCCUACACAAAAAUGAUAAAAAACAAAUUAAAUUAAAUGUUAACGAAAGGAUUUCAAAUGGUAAAAUAAUAACCGUUUCCAUGCCUUUAGACGUUAAAAAAGAACGUGAUGAUGAUAAUGAUGAUGAUGAUAAUAAAUUAAACAAAAGUGGAUUCGAUGCACCUUUUCAAGCAAGUUCGAGUGUUAAUUCAAAUAACACAUAUACAAACAAUCAAGGAUGGACUGUUGUUAGAGGUACUACGGAUGAAAAAAUCGAACCGGAAACGGAAAAUAUAACUACUCAACCCUCUACGACAAAAUUUAAUUUCGAUAAUUUUAAACCUGAAUUAAUCGGAGGGUUCAAACCACUUUUUGAACUACCCGCACAACAACAACAACAAUCCGAAGAAAUAAAAAAAACCGUUGUCGAUAAAAUGACAACGGAAAAUGAUAAAAAGACUUCAAUUACGAGAUGA